AUGGCGUCGUUAAAGGAAAUUUGUGGCGGGCUUCCAGUGGAUCCUCUCCCUUCUCCGCGAGAUAGGGAUGAAUCUGUUCCUCAUGCGCCUGUUAGAACAGUUAAUCUUUCGGAUGAUGAACGCAGGGUAUGGAAAUAGAACUAAACAUUCGGCGUUGUCAUUGAAAACUUUAAGCUAAUUUAACUGUGUUAAACUUUGUAGCUGAUCUUUAUAUUUUAAGAGUUAUGUAACAGUAAUGAAAUUAAUUCAUAGCCGCGGUUUUAAGAUUUUAAAAUUUUCAAUCCAUUCCCCAUUGUAUGGCCCUUUGGUGUGGCAAAAUGUAGUUAUGGCGUAUUAAUUUUGUAUUAAUGCAUGGUUGGCGUGUGCACCAGCACGCGUGUUAGAUAGUCACCCUUCCCUGCUUAAAUAUUUACUUUUUACGAUCUAUGGCUGGCAAUAAUGAUUGAAGGAAGAGAAAUACAAAAGCCAAGGGAUGAAAUGCAUUCUUCCAGCAUGAUUAGGGCUUACAUGGCUUGAUUACGACGAUCAUCAGACUUUUUUUCUUUGUUUUCUUUCAUGUCCAAAAGUAUUGAAGAAUGAAACCUGAGAAUAAACGACCAUAUGUCAUUUUUGGCUCAUAGUUUAAAUACAAACACAAACUUAUUGUGCUGAUCUCCACUCAUAUUUGGACAAUAAUUUUUUAUAGUUACCCUUCUAUCAUGUGGGUGUGGUUAUUUUGUGAGAACAAAUGUGUACCUGGUUGAGAACCAAUCUCUUCAAGCACGCUGGCUUAUUUUUUAAACAUUUUUUAUUCCAUAUCUAUAAUCCCAAAGACGUCCUCAGUAAUAUUAAGCCUCAGUAAUAUAACUUUUCUUCAUUUUCACUUGGAGUUGCAUGCCUAACUUGUCAGGAGCAUUGAAGCCAUCAGGGCAUCAACUCAAGAAAAAAAAAACAAAAAACAAAAGUAGAGAUAGCCAAAGUGAAUGCAGUCCAAUUACAUUGUGCUCCCAAUGCACAAAUAAGAUUGCAUUGCUGUGACAACAAACUGCCAGCGAUCGAAACUGCUGAUAAAUUUAUGAUGUGUUUAUAUUCUUAGUGCCAUGAUAGAAUGCUAUUCUUUAGUAGUAGUAUUCUAAAACCAAAGCAAAGUGAAGGAUCGCUUUGGAGGUAGUCUAUUCUCUUUCUUUUAUGCUUCUCCAACAUUUGUGCCCUUUGUCACUUGCAUGGCCAUUUUUCUCCUCUUGUGUAUUUCACUCAAUGGACUAACAAAAAGACAGACUGCUUGUUGUCAAGUAAUAUUAAAUUUAUUUUCUUGGGUUGCUUUAUUGUAAUCUGGAGAAAAUCAAGGACAACAUUUAUAGUUAAAAUUGUACAUGAAAGUAAUGCCCAGGGCAUUACUUUAUCAGUAUAAUAACAGCUUUACUUUUGUAAUUUGUUUUCUAGUUAGCAUUACAGAAUGCUUUGAGGUAUUUUCCUCACACCUGUCAUCAUGCGCUUGCUACGGAGUUUGCUGAUGAGCUUAGACAAUAUGGCCACAUCUACAUGUAUCGCUUUAGACCAGAAAUUGAAAUGCGGUAAGUUUAUACUGUAUGCCAUUAUUUUGGUUGUUAUCUGGUCUUUUUACUUUGUCAGUCUACUCAAUGACCACCACCUACUUUUGUAAACAGAACAUUUUACGAGUUGUCAUGAAAACUGAUUGUAGAUUUGCACCAGAUCACCCUAUGAUUUGAACAACUUGGCCCAGGAUAGCAAUAGUUGUGCAGCCAACAUCUUGCAACGAAAGAAAUAUUAUGCCUUUUAAUUCCUAUGUUGACUCUGUAUGUGGCCUUAAAGUGUUCACAGAUAAAGAUUAUUUUCAGUGCAUUUGAUUUGUUUGGCAUAAUGGAGCACAACUGGUAAUUGUCAUUGUGUAGAGGUGACAGGAGGUUUAAUUUUUAUUAAGAGGAGUUGUACUAAUGUAUGGGCUGGUGCUGGCCAUGCAGCCAGGACAAUAAUGCCUUGACUGUGCACUGUGUGAAACUGGCAGUUAGCAGAUUUUCAUGCAGUGUUUAAAUUUUUAUUUGAUUUGAACAUUUUCAUGCUUCUUUUUAUAAUGCCAGAGUCAGAAAGAUCAUUAAUAUUUGCUUAUCUGGUUCUUUAAAUUUCUUUAAUAGUGCUUACCCCAUUGAAGAGUAUCCAGCAAAAACACGACAAGCAGCAGCAAUCAUGUUAAUGAUUAUGAACAAUCUGGAUGCCAGAGUUGCUCAGGUAUAUAUGCAGCUACCAAACCAUCACAUUUUUAAGCCAGCGUAGUGUAACCAGAGUGUAUUUUAAUUUUCAACUGUCUUCACAAUGUACAUGUACCACUCUUUGUUAAGAGAGAUCGAUAAGAGGGUUUAGACGAAGGUUUUUUUUUUAAACCUAAUAAAAGUUUGUAUAUUUAUAAGUCAAUCAUUUAUCAGUCAAGUCACUGCUGAAAGCCAGGGUAUUGACAUGGAGUUUUGUGUUUUACAACUUUCUUUUGUUAUUUGCAUAAUUGUACAAGGAUUUACAUAUACAAUCAAUAUAAGCUCGAAACUUCCAAUCUACUUAUCACUUUUCUCAGAGGAGUAACCAACAUAAUACAAGUGAACAAGAAAGAGUCUCUGUUAUAUCUGACAGUAUUAUUGUUUAAACAUUCAAACAUUUUCUUUUGAGUACCAUAGGUGUUUUGGGCAUGCUUUUCUACUUUGACUAUUGCUUAUUUAAACUAGAUUAAUAUCAAGUUUUACUUUCAUGCCUUGCCUAUAUAGUUUCCUCAUGAACUUGUGACAUAUGGAGGGAAUGGUCAGGUCUUCUCCAACUGGGCUCAGGUAAUGAACCAAUCUUCUUGACACGUGCUUCAUUAUUUUUGUUAAAUUUUAUCGAAGCAGAUGCAAGUGAGGCCAAUCAUUCUUGUCAGUCAUGCUUGUCUCCUGCUCCAUGCCUGCCUUGUUCUUGCUUUAACGCCUGUUUCUGCAGGCCAGUAUUUUUUUACCCUCCCUCUCCAUGGUCACUGACGUACAUGUAGUACUACCGGUACAUGUCCUAGUCAUUAACAUGCUGGAUUAAUGGAUGUAUUUUAAGUUUGAUUCUUGGCCAUGCUAUUUGCUUUAUGUUAUUUAUAUAUUUGUGUAACUGGUAUACUCGCAGCAUAAAGCUUGAGUGGGAACCCUAUAAUGGACUAGCUUUCCAUCAAGGGGUGGGUUGUUGCACUAACUGUACUCCUUACGUGCUUUGACAUGCUAUUCUUGAAGUCUGUGAUAGUUAGCUCUAUUAACAUUAAAGUGUGGUCCUGUAAUUCUGUUUUUCAGUUUUGGCUUGUGAUGCAUUAUUUAUCAGAGAUGACUGAGGAACAAACUUUGGUGAUGUGUUCAGGACAUCCACAAGGUCUCUUUCCUAGCAGUCCCUCAGCUCCAAGAGCCAUCAUUUCUAAUGGCAUGGUAAUCCAUAUUAGUUCUGCAAGUGUUUCUGAUACAUUGAAAAAAAGACAUUAUUGUUUGAUCUCUUGAGUGUGUUAUUUGGUGUUAUUGUGUAGUUUCAGAAAAAAUCCCUACUCCCCCCACAGAAGGGGUUGGAAAUUUGUAGGGGGUGCGGGGUUCUCAAAGGCCCCAAAUUUAAGUAAAUGUAUGAAGCUUGACUGGAAUUUCCAGAGAGGUGGGGGGUCUAAGGAAAAUCCCUUCCAUGGGGCAGGUAUGGAUAAUUUUUGGAACCACACAUUAAUAAAACCCUGCAGUAAUGCAAAAGAUUUUACUGAAAAAUAAAAAACAGUCACAUCUUUUUCAUUGUCAUUAGCUCAGACUGGUUUGUUUGAAGAGUGAGGGAAAUUCAUCCAUAUGUUAUGGCCGUUAUGAUUAAGAACAUUGAACUGGAAAACAUUGUUUUUGUAGCUGAACUGCUUUAGUUGAUCUGGCAGUAUUCAGGUGACCCCUGUCCACUUGCUUUUGCCUUUUGUUGACUCUGUGUACAGGAAGUAGGUUUUGCCAAGAACUCAUAAUCUGGACACACUGGAUUUCAUAGUUUUGUUAUAGUUCUAAUUAAGGGCUCAGUAUAUGUUUUCUUAGAGCACACCUUUAGUUCAUGGCUAUGGUUAAUGUGCCACUUUUGUAGCUUAUUGAUAUGCCAGCCUUACUUGCUUCUAGGUUAUUCCAAAUUAUUCCUCAAAAGAACUCUAUGAUAAGAUGUUUGCUUUGGGUGUAACAAUGUAUGGGCAAAUGACAGCGGGAAGCUACUGUUACAUUGGUCCACAAGGAAUUGUCCAUGGAACAACGGUAAAGUUAAAUAUGUUAUUAAAGACUGACAAUCAAAUGAUUUUUGUAAAAGUAUAUUCUUAUUAUAUUCUUAAGCCUUAAGGCACAACAGUGCAAGCUAUGUAGUAACUGACAACCUAUUUUUGCUUUAACGUCUAACAGUCAUAAACAUUAUAAAGAGUAUCUGUUGCAUGAAAAAAAAUCUUUAUCAAGAAAACAUUAAUUUUGUAGCUUUGUUUUUUAUUCAGAUUGUGGUGUUGAAUGCUGGUAGAAGACGGCUUGGAGUCAGUGAUUUAAGGGGAAAGGUACAUUUUCUUAUCCUUGCAUAUGAGCAGGUUAUCAACAUAUUUUUCUUGAUCAAGAAAUUGGUCAGGAAUUUUGAUAAAAAGUCAUAAUAGAAGAACAUCAGUGGUACAUCCACAUGAUUCAUUAAGCAAUCACUUACGGCAUAACUUUGUUGAGCACAAGGAGGAGUCCUGUCCUACCAGAGGCUUCCUCCAUCUGGGGAUCCAUAAGAAAACUGAUAGUGACCAGCUAGCUUGUUCCAGGAAGGGUAAAGACUUGUAUGCUCAACCGCGUGAAGCCCAGCAUGUGAAUAAAAGAUAUCAACCCUUCCUUUUUAAAGAACAUUCCUGAGUGAUUACAUCACAAUUUUGCGCUGCUCGUCAAGCUAUGAAUGCCUAUGUGAAUGGGUGUAGUGAUUAGCGAGGAAAGAAUCAAUCUUGACUUUCACAUUUCAGUCAAUGAUAAUUAUCAGUUUAAUACAGUUGAACCACUUCUUUUUGACACAUAUCUAUGAUGGAUGGACACUACACUCUAGCUCUGUUAUGUGGACAACAAUUUUGGCUGACUGUCUCUUUUUUGUUCAUAUUAAUGAGAUUUGGCUGUUACAUUAUUUGAGUAUUGAAUUAUAAUGGCAGCAUCCUCUAAGAUUCAAUAAUGUUGUUGUAGGUCUUUGUUACAUCAGGUUUGGGUGGAAUGAGUGGUGCACAGGCCAAAGCUGCUGUGAUCGCUGGCUGUGUUGGAGUGGUGGCUGAGGUACAUAAAAUGUUAUUGUAUUAAUUCUAUUUGGGGUGGCUCCAAGACAUCAACACCUUGUUGAAAAUAUGAGACCUGCUUAACGUGGCUAAAGAGAGUGAAUAAAACACCUGAAAACAAGAUGUAAAAUUAAUGUUUCCAAGAUCUUCCACCUCUUCUACUUUAACUUUUUUUGGUGAAGUUUUUAUUAUUAUGUAGUAAUAAUGUAAUUUGUUACACAGGCAUUCCACUGCAUAUGUAUCACUCAUUUUAUUAAUGUCUUGCAGGUUAAUGAAGCUGCCUUGAAGAAAAGACAUGAGCAAGGGUAAGGUUUUGUUAUGACUUUUCACUCUAGUAUAACCUGGUAACUUUUUAGCAUCCAAAACAUUAUAAUCAAAGUUUCUUGUCUAUAAUGUGUAUCCUAAAGUUUUCGUUUUCAUAAUGUUAGGAUGUUUUUUUGCUUGUCUUUGUUGUUAGGUGGCUAAUGGAAUACACCUCUGAUGUGAAUGUGUGCAUUCAAAUGAUAAGGUACGGAGCAGACAUACUUCGCUCAUCAACACCAUCAGCUCAUGCCUCUCUGCAUAUUGUGUGUCUUGUAGUACAGUCGACUCCCGGUAACUCGAACCCUCUAUAAAUUGAACCUCCCGCUAACUCGAAGCAAUUCUCAUUUUCCUUCAGAUCGUUUUCUAUAUAAUUUUACUCUCGAUAACUCGAACUCCCGAUAACUCGAACUGUUUUCUACAGGGUUUUCUAUUUCCCUUGACGGUUCGAGUUAUCGGGAUUCGACUGUAUUUAUAUGAAGACUUUGUCUUGUAUUAGACUAGCUAUAAAGUGUGUAAAAACUUUUUCCACAGUGUAUAACCUUGCUAGUCAUAGCAAGACAAAUUCCACUGAAAUAAAAUCUCUCCUUUUGUGUUUUGAUUUUCCAAAAUCACGUCGUGUCUGUUAGAAAUACAGAUAACCUGAAAUAUUUUCACAAGUACACCAUGUGCGUCCUAAUCACAGAGUAUGUGAAGGGCUUGCUCUUAUACUCUUGUUUUAAAACUGAGGCAUUGGGGCAACUUGGGAAUAGCCCAUUUCCAGUCUUGCUUUCAAAUUUGAUUUUUUUUUGUGUGUGUAGGAAAGCCAGGCAGCUGAAAAAGCCACACAGUUUGGGAUACCAUGGAAAUAUAGUUCACUUGUGGUGAGUGAACUGUUUGUCAAGAAUUGCUACGUUUUAUGAUGAGACUUAUCUUUGUAGAUUUGCUGCUGUUUGAUGCCAUAAGAAAAGAAACGAUGACAAAAUGAAGAAAACCUACAUGACGACGUUGAUUCUUUAUCAUGUUUUAUCUCUAGGGUGUUUACAGUACAGCUAGUGAUAAUGGCGGCCAGCCCCAGAGUUGGCUUUUUGUAACCCGUUAUUUCCCAAAUUAAGACAGCACAUUGUACUGAUUCUAGUUAGCUUUUCUUGUAUGCACUGUUAUCAAAGAGCUUCUGACAACAUGGUUAUUUUUUUCCAUUAAAGGGAACGUCUGGUACAAGAAUAUGAAAGCACUGGCGAACUUCUUGUGGAGCUUGGCUCUGAUCAAACUUCCCUUCACAAUCCUUUCAAUGGUGGUUACUACCCUGUGCAGGUCAGUGUCGUCACGGGGAUCCCAAGCUCACUUUACAAGAAAGCGAGCGUUUCUCCUAGAUGGUUGAGUGUCGCUUGGGGUUUUUCUCAAACUGGGACUCUGUCUUUCAGUUAGAGCCUUCCUGGGACACAGGGCUGUUCAAGCAAUUUUUAAUACAUUGUCAGUAAGAAGAAUAAAGUAACGUCGACUUUGAACAUAAAAUAAAAGGUAUAUUCAUUUCUUAUAAACGUCUUAACAAAGAACAAAGGAAACCCAAGCAGCGAGAAAAAGAGACGUUUUUGUGUCAUAAGCUCUGGGUGGCCGUACUGAUAGAAAACUUUGAUUGCGUCUUACAGAGGCCAUUCUUGUAUGAUUUGACGACCGUUUCUUUUUACUCGUACGUAGGUGAAAUUUGAUGAAGCAAACGAAAUCAUGAAAGAUGAUCCUGAAAGGUUCAAAGCCUUAGUUCAAGAAAGGUAUGUUUACUAUUGAAAUUAUAUUAACUUAAAUUGUCAUCGUACAAAAUGACUGCAAACUCUGUUAACAGCUUUGCUUGCUAUAUAUAUUUCAGCCUUCGUCGUCAGGUUGCAGCUCUCAAUAGACUGACUGCACGUGGAAUGUUCUUUUGGGACUAUGGCAAUGCAUUUCUCCUUGAAGCUAGUCGUGCAGGUAAAACGUUACAAACUAAGAGAGGAAACAUUACAAUUGUGUAAAGUAGAAAGAGAGAGAGCUCUGUUUGAAGAAACUAUUUAUUCAAGUAGAAUUCAGUGGGGCGAUUGCCUAGAUAGGUAGUUUUUGUUCGCUUCUAUAAAAAUGAAUUUUAGCCCAAUUUUUGCAGUCUUUUCAGCUGCGCCCACCGCCCCCCCUUCCAAGCCAAAUUUCGUGCGACCUGGGUCUCGGGGGGCAUUUGCGAACCUUGGGGCCAAACCCUGGCUUUUCGCGCCACGUUGUUUCUUACUCGAAAUCAAAACAUGGCUAAACAGGAAUUUACAGGAAAAGACAAGUAGAUUGGCUCGUUGGCCAAGGACUGGAAAAACUUAGAGGAUUUUACUGGUAUUUGUCUCGAUUUUAUACAUUCCUUUAUUGCAUAUCAACCUAGAACUGAGACAGUGAGAUCGGGAGCGAUCAAAGUGAGUCGACUUACGUUUUGUUUACUGAAUCAAUCUUGUUUCGAUCAAUUAAGUGGCGAUAAUAUUCAGAAGCGUUGGCUUUACGAAGGACCAUUUAAUCUGCGUCAGUGCUAGAAAUGGCUUGUUUGCUAGCCUGCAAAUACAUCCGUCUCUACUCACUCGCUCCUCCUCGACACUUAGGACAAAGAGGCAAGGAGCCAUUAGAGAGGAAUGUAGGACAUGACGCACUCGGUUUUAAAUAAACCAUGACAUCAUCUGCCUUAAACCUGUCAAAUCGGUUAAAAACCCUAAAAUAGCAAGUUACGUCAUGUUAAAGAGACUCCCCCACAUUCUUUCUUAAGAUGAAGACAAAAGACGAUGAGGUCAUCGAAGUAAAUGUAUCCCCACCCUCAAUAAUGGAACUCAUCGGCCAAAAAGCGGUCUAAAACAUCCAUACUAUACUACUACUAUCAAGGCAAAUUACAUUAGAAGGUUACAUUUUAUGGCUCGUAGCACUGAUCAAUAUUACUUUACCCCGAUUCUUUUGUGUUCUAAGGAGCUGAUGUGUGUAAAGAAGGAGCGCCUCUUGGGGUGUUCCGUUAUCCUUCCUAUGUACAGGAUAUUAUGGGGUAGGUACUGACAGCAAUUAAUCCCGACUUCUUUAGGAUUAAAUGGUGGGUCGUCAUCAUCAUCUUUGAUCGGCCCAGAGAAUCUCUUCACCGAUUCUUAGAAACCAAAUUAUUUAGUUCUUUCGUCCAGCAGUUAACAUUCGCGUUUUGCGGCUGCCCGCUUAGAGACGUUGGCAGGAUACAGUUCUAUUUUGAGAUGUCAUGUGACCUCAAAGUAACCAAUGAGAGCGCGCGUCGUUACCUUUGUACCCAACAUAUUGUGCCAAAGUUCUCUGUCUACUUAUGUUAAAAGUAGUGUUAUAAUAACCUUCGUUCCGAUUCUCGCAUGUAUUUACAGAAUCUUUUGAUUUGAUUUACAGCGAUAUUUUCUCAAUGGGCUUUGGACCAUUUCGGUGAGUGAAUGAAAAACAACUAUCUUUGCGUUGUGAAUCUAAAUCGUUACACCUUCGUAAGUAUCAAAGACAUUCGUAUUAGCAAUUUUAUUCUGCGUCGAAUAUUUGGUUUGGAAAAACGAAACUUUCGCGAAGGAAUUUAUUCAGUCACAUCUGCCUCGUCUCUGAAAUUAUUAUUAUUAUGCCAUAUUUGACACACAUUUUCCUCAUUCCCCCUUGUACAUUUAGAUGGGUUUGUACUUCCGGUCUGGCAGCCGAUCUGGCAACAACUGAUGAAAUCGCCAGAAAAGUAUUGGAGCAGAUUAUGGCGGAAGGAUGUGAGUUUUAAGCCAUUUAACUAUCAUUAUCUCGUUAUUUGAUAGUUUUUAAUAUUUUGUUCUUUUUCUAAGGACACCAAAUCAUACAGCCUGGCAAUUUUUCGACAUUUUGUUGGAAAGUAGGAUGCACUACCUCCUUCCCAGGGCCCGGCUCUCUUUUUCGUCCUCUUCAGGGUAUGGGAAGAGGAGAGAGCCUGGGAAUGAGGUGUAAUUACACAUUUAAUCCGCUAUCUAAACUUGACCUCUGAGACGUUUUAACGAGGAAAAUUUUAGGAAACUGCUGCUGGCUUCUCUUGGCCUCAAUGAAAAUAACAUUAUCUACGCGAACAACUUCAAACGUGUUAAUUUUGUUUUUGCAGUACCUGUAGAAGUAAAAGCUCAAUACGAAGACAACAUUAAGUGGAUAGAAGAAGCGCAGCAACACCAUUUGGUUAGCUUUUAAAACCUGUACACAUCGAUACUUAUAGAGAACCUGCACUGUCAUAGGACAAAUUGACUAUUUUUUUGAAAUAAAGUAUAAUUUUCUUUUCAUUAUCUAACGGUGAAAUAAAGGUUUGUGUGUACAUGUAAAUAAAACUAAAAUGGGACGUGAUUACAUCGCAGACUUUUUUACGUACACCGCUAACUUGCAUUUGAUGACGUCAUUAGGUCGCUAUUAGCUUGGUUUUAGAAAAAUUUCGAAUCAUGAUUUUGACAAACGUGCUCGUUUCCAUUUAAAAAGCCGAUCUUAUGUAUUAAUGUUAUAAAUAAUAGAAUCUGUUGAGUCGGUACAAUGUUUGAUCAGUUUAAUCUGUUUAUAGGUGGUCGGUUCCCAGGCUCGAAUUUUGUACUCAGACCACCGCGGCCGUGUGGCUAUUGCAGAAGCAUUCAACAAGGCGAUCAGCGAGAAGCGAUUGAUGGUAAGACUAUUUUAUUUCAGUUUCGGUAGGUCCUGUCCACUGAAUAAUUUACGUUUGAUUUUUUUUUUUCAGGGUUGCGUGGUCAUAAGUCGGGACCACCACGAUGUCAGUGGAACAGACAGGUAAUUCAGACCUUAACAGCUUUUUAUUCUGCUAUAAAUAUAUUUGUUCGCCGUUUCUUUAGCGUUUCUUUGGGUCAUGCGGUACAUGUUGUGACUGGCAGAAGUAAUUACCUUACAGUAGGUCUGAGUUUUACGUUACUCGGUCUAAAGUAAAUAAAGUAACUUCUUUGGUGGAGAGAAUUUGUUAUGCUGUUAAAUACGAUGUGUUUUACACUCUAUCGUUAUCACUCAAAUUUAUGAUAGCUUGUGUAAAUUUUGUUUCCAGCCCUUUUCGUGAAACUUCAAACAUUUACGACGGAUCAAGUUUUUGUGCAGGUUUGUAGUUAGCGCACUUGAAGCCAAAAUCCAGCGGUAUUAAUUGUUGUACUACUGGCCCGUAUAAAAUAAUAUAAUAAGGACAAGGUUCUUCUGCGCAUAGGUAAUAAAUGAAAAUUAAAUAACUAAAACAAAAAAAGGUAACAUAAGGAACUACUUGUGACUAAAUAUCUAACUUAACUUAGCUAAAGUUAUGUUAAAGUCAGAGAAGGACAAAAUUCCUCAGAGGUUAACGAAAAGUCAGAGAAUUUUGUUGAAAAUAAGGGAAAGUCUUAGUUCUUACUGAUCAAUGUCACGAAAACGUAAGGGGUGUUUGUUUUCAGGAUGCCUCUGCGCUUUGCCUAAACUGUUAAAGGACAUGGAUUUCGAUCGAUUUUCCUACUCAAAAUCUUUAACGCUCGAAAUAUAUUCAUGUCCUUCAAAAAGUAUAUCAGGUGUCAGGAAAAAGUCAAUAAUGCCAAAUGCCAACCCUGGUCAUGCGUAAAUUGGAGUCAGGAACAUAUUUCUCGUGAUAGCUGAUGUAUAGGAUUUCAAACGUCCUUUGUCGGGAUGGGGAAGGUGUCGCGACUACACGUACGGUAUAUUCUGGCCAGUCCGGUAUUUGCUUGAAUCUAUAAAUGGCUCCUUGUGAACUGCUACAGAGCGAUAAUAGUACCAAUUGGUAGUAAUUCUUUUUGUAGAUAUGGCUGUUCAAAAUGUUAUUGGUGACUCUUUCCGAGGAGCAACGUGGGUCGCACUUCAUAAUGGCGGCGGGGUCGGCUGGUAAGUUAGGAUUUAGUAUAUUGAAAAGUUCUUGAAAAGUGUCUAUACCCACCGGGAUAUUUGUAUUGAACCCUCAAAAUUGAACAGUCCUUCAGUUUUGACGUUUUCUUUUGUUAUCUUGUGGUUUUUCUUCUAUAUUCCGUCCUUGAGACGUGAGAGUUUGUUGCCGCUGUACUUUUCCGCUUAAUACUAGUAACACUUGAGGAUCAUAUAGUCAAACCUGCUGGCUAUAGCUUUACUUGGCAGGCUAAUUAAAUGACGUUUUUUUCCAGGAUGCUUGAAAUACUUCAUCGCCCUUUGUUAGUCUUUAAGUCUUUUGACUGUGAUGAUCCUUAUUUUAAUAGUAAAUUUUCUGCGUUUUUCUUUAGGGGUGAAGUGGUCAAUGGUGGCUUUGGUCUGGUGUUAGAUGGAUCUCAAGUAAGCUUUAUCGAUGAAGUGUAGAAUCUCGUAGUAUUUUUAAUUUAUUAUUCGACACUGCUGGCCUCGUAAAAUAUACGAUACAGUUGAGCGCCUCAACCAAAAGUGUAUAUACAGCUUAAUAAAGAUGAAGUUGUCACUAACCGUUCGUACCAAGUGUGCAAGAAAUUGUAUCCCGCUUUAGAAUUAAGUAAUGUUAUUUUAAAACGCUCUUUUCCACCGCUUUUUAUUCCCUGAGCUUUCCCCUAGUCGAUAAACUUCAAGAUGCUUAGUACUCUCGACAUUUUUUGUCGUGUAGGUUUAGCAAAGAUAACUGUGUGCAGUAUGGCAGUAGACGAAUAAGUUUUUACACGACAUAUGUGUUACGAACCCAUACUUCAUACGACCACUUGUUUGAAUUGUUAUUUUGUUGGCAGGAUGCUGGUAGCAAGGCUCGUAUGAUGUUAUCCUGGGAUGUUAACAAUGGGGUGAGUCUAUUGUUUAAACAUAUAUUUUUCCCAACCAGUUUAUGUUUUUUCUCUCAAGAGGUUUGCAUAUCAACUUGAUUACUCAAAGGGCGACUCUUUAAAGAAACUUAUUUAUAGAGAGUCAAUUUACUGACGAAUAUUUGACCUUGGAAUUCCGAUUUCUAGGCUUGUAAUGGCAUUUUACCCACUGGGACUAUAGGAUUUGGCUACGUUAUUUCUUCUUUUCCACUGGCAACUGGGUUUGAGACAAACUUUGAUUGGAGACUGGGCAGGGGGAAAACAGAUUAGUGCGAUGCACCCACAGGAACCUCGAAAUUAAAAAGUUACAAGGAAAUUAGUCCUACCUUGAUUAAAGGGAGGAGAUUUGUUUUCCUUUUUUUCCAUUGCUUUGCUGUUGGAAUCAGUCGGUGGUCUAUUAAGUUAUUUGUGAUCGAGAUCUUCAAGAGAUGCGCCACCGAUCAAUUUGUUGCUGUAGAUUUUUCUAAUCUUAACUGUUUUGCCGUAUUCAAGGUUGCUCGCCGUUGCUGGUCGGGCAACAUCCAUGCAAAAAAGGCCAUCUGCAAGGCCAUGGAAGAGAAUCCUUUAUUGAAGGUCACCAUUCCCUGUCACGUCCAAGACAUCACCUUACUGGACAAAGCUCUUAAGCCAUGAAGAGCCUUGUUCGAUUAUAUGUGUGAGACAGUGUGUACCAAGGGAAGACAAGCUUCACUGACGUCGCGAACAAGGAAAAGAAAACAAUGUAUUCUCUCAAAAACUAGUAGGGACCUUACGAUCCGACAACGGCGACGUCCACGUCGCUGAAAAACAGACUUCGCAUCAUUUUAAACUUUUUUGCGAUUAUCCUAAUUCGCCCUGUUACUCAAAAAAAGAGAAUUUUGGCUGGAUCUGAAGAGAGGGGAACGCGCUCAAGUUCGGACAGAGAUGGCAGAAUUUAUCGCCUUGCCGUUCCCGUUACCAAGUAAACUUAAAAUUUGGUCAUUUCACGUCGUAGUUGUGCAGUGAAAGCAAAGAAAUGUGCAAAAAAACCUGAUGCACGUACAGAGUUGUUGUUUUGCUCAUUAAUCCUAUUGUUUUUUGAUGUUCCCGUUGCCGUCAUCGUGGUGGUUUCGUAAGGUCCCUAGUGUACGGACAACGCGCGGGUGGAAUUUUAUAUUUUAAUUGGGAAAGGUUUUAGCUUCGCUUACUGGUUAUUUCACGUUAAAGAAGUAGGUGAAAUCGAGGCACCACGUACGGAAGAGAGAGAGAGAAAAAAGGAAAAUACAUCCAUCCGAAGAAAAACAAUUCUAUUGGUUUCUUUUUUUCUUUUGACGUGUUCCAAUGUGUUCCAUGUUCCUGGUUUUAGUACAUGCAGCUUUUGAAGUCCAACGUGAAAUGUAAAGCUUUUUCUAAUAUUUAUUCUACACGGGUUCUGCAUAAUCUUGCUAGUAUUUAUCUUGAGAUCGAUGUUAUUCUAGUGAAAAGGAGCCUUAGUAUUUCUGCCUUGUGGUAAUUCUAAACUCGAUAUUGGUUUCGACUUGUGCUUUCGGAACAGUUAACAAAGUCGUUAAAUUAAGCUUGUGGUGAUCAUUUUUUUGUUUACAUAAACUCUUCUGACACUUUUUUGCGAUAGAUGUUUGCCUCAACAAGGGUUUUAGGCUUUAUAACUUAAUCUUAUAAAUAGUAUUCUUGUCAAUAGAAGGGAAAGCGCUUGGUGAAACCUUCACACACACUAUACUUUAUUUCAUACACAUCAUUUUGCCAUCUCCACCCGCAAAUAGCAAAAGCUAGACGAGGCGGGCGGAGAGGAUAACAGAUAAUAUUGUAAAGUAACUAAAUAAACUAUGUGGAUAAAUAAGAAUUACAGAAAAACAAGCUAAAGUUACAGAAUAUAUAGUCUUACAGAAGGAUAUUACAAUCAAAUUUUCUACUAACAGAAUCUAUCGAUUAUUGGUGCAUUGAGUCGAGGAUGCAGAAUUUGCCAUUUUUUGUAGGAGAAUGGGCACUUCAACAUUCGGUUACCAUUAAAACAAGGUUUAUAGAGAUUAUUUUGAUGCUGAAAAACUCUCAUUAAAAGUAAGCCUCAGAGCUA